GCUCACGGUGCGUUUCAGCGUUAGGGUGUGUGCUCGCGCACCACCAAACGGCGACCCAGCCCCCUUCUGGGGGCGGGGGCCGCUGUAGGCAUCCAUCGGUCCGUGAACGGACGAAGUAAGACCAUACAGUAUGGGCAUUGGCACCUGCAUAAUAGUUAGGCGAAGACAAACAAGGGCAGAAGCGAUCACACCGAAAUAGUUGUUAAAGCUGCGAAAAAACGUCGUAAAUCGACUGUGAAUGAGCUCGCGGUCGAGGUCGGAUCUCAAUCUCUGUCUCGUGUGCAUAUUACUAGCUGAAGCUUUAUUCGAUCGCAUUCUCUGUCUCUCCACCACCUGACUUGCUCUUGCAUUCAAAAUUUUUCCUCAUGUCAUUUUCAUAGAAAUGAAAAAGGUCCUGUUCCUAAACGAAAAUGUCAAAUGUGUUCCAUUUUCCUUGUUUGGGAUUUUGAUACUUACAACCAGGCUGAACGUGAAGCGUUUUCUCACGUUUCACAUCUACUUACAACAUCAUUUUUUUGUUAACUUUUGUAAAAUCAUUUCUCUGAAUUUCACAUUACAAUUCAUUUUCACCUUUCUGACACGUGCACACGACGACGGCUUUGAAAUUUGGUAUGGAAUUUGCUAAUACAACAUUCUCCUACCUAUAAGUAUCUCGAAAUUUAUCAAUUUUUUUUCAUUCGUGUAAACGAUAACGACACGGCGCUACUAGUCGGCUU